UUAGAGGAACUGUUAAUCCCUGUAAAAGGACCCUAAUGGUUUGCCAGGUGUUGUGAACCCCCAAUAUGCAGCCAGAAUACCUGCAGGCUUCAGCUCCUCCUCUGCUGCUCAGUCACUGUGUCAAUGGAGCACAGGCAGGCAGCAACUAGAGGGAGUACUGAGCUAUUAUUAGGGUAUUUCUUAUGCCCUUUUUUUUUUUUUUUUACAUUACUUUCCUCCAAUUUGCUGUGCGUAAAAGGAGUAAUGUUUAUUAUUUACCUGGAGAUUAUGGGAGCUCUGAGGUGACAGUAGAAAAGCCUGUGCACAUCGAGGUGUAACCGAAGGGAUCAGGACCGAUGGGAGGAGGAGGAGGGUUAUUUGGGGAUUUCUGAAGCCGAGCCUUCAGUCUUACUAAAGUAAACUGAACAGGUGAGCUACCUGCGAUCCGCCCCUUGGCAGGUGGAACAAAUAGCGGACCUCUCUGUCCUCUCCUUCGUCUUCCUCCAUCCAUCCAUGUAUCUAUUCUUGUGUGCGCCAAGUCACGCACUGAGAACUGCGGGAUAUCGUGAAUGUCAGCGUUCAGAGGAAAAGGAGAAGAAAGAGGACUGGAUCACUUUAUCUGUCUGGCAUUAUAAUACUGGACACAGUGGAAUGUGAGUUGUGAGGUUGGUGCUGUGAAUCCAACAUGGAGGUGAGGAAGGAUGGAGGAGGAGGGCCGUGGUCUUCUCCAGGAGCUUCUCCUGCUCCCUCCAACUCUGCCUGCUACAGGGGCUCCAUCGUAGCCUUCAUUUUCUUCUUCCUCGUUAUCGGGGUCUUUGUAGGCCUGCUUAUUGCCUACCUGGCACAGGAGCAGCAUUAUUUUAUGGAGACAGUGGAGCUGAAAGGUCUGAAGUAUGAUCAAGUUCUGCAGGAUGAAGACUCUGGUUACUCCAUAGUACUGACCUCAGUUUUAAAGUCCAAGAUUAAAACUGUCUUCACUGCCUCAUCGAUAUCACAUCACUACGUUGAUUGGAAUAUUGUUGCCUAUGGUAACGUUAAUGGUGACGUGAUGGCAACAUUCAGACUGGUCUUCAGGGUGUCCAAGAUCCAGCAGUAUUCAGACAACUUUGUUCAGGACCUGCUGAGAGCAGGACUCAGCUCAGUGAUGCAUGGGAAACCACUGGAGGUGCCAGAAUUCGGAGAGAUCAACGCUAUCAUCUUACUGGGAGCCAGUGGGAAGUCAUUUUAUGCAAUUGGAGAUGAAAUGAUAGCCAGGUGUCCUGACAACACCUUCACUUGUGACAAUGGAGAAUGCGUCACCAAAUUGAAUCCAGAGUGUGACUUCAGCCCCGACUGUGCGGAUGGAUCUGAUGAAGCUCGUUGUGCCUGUGGUACACGUCCCGCUAUGGGGAGUCGGGUAGUGGGUGGUGAGGAUGCUCGGCAAGGGGAGCUGCCGUGGCAGGUCAGUCUGAGGCUCCAUGGACGCCACACAUGUGGAGCCUCCAUCAUCAACGAACGCUGGCUAGUCAGUGCGGCACAUUGCUUUGAGAGGGACAACGACCCCAGAGAGUGGACGGCCCUUGUAGGGGCCAGACUAGUGAGCGGUGAUGAGUCAGAGUCCACAAUGAUUAACAUCAAGUCGCUGGUUGUGUCUCAAGACUACAACCCUUCGACCACUGACAACGAUGUAACUGUGCUGGAGCUGGAGACCCCUGUCACCUUCAACUCUUACAUCCAGCCCGUCUGCCUGCCCUCCCCAUCUCAUGUGUUUGCCCCCGGACAGAACUGCGUGGUGUCAGGGUGGGGCGCACUACACCAGUUUAAUGCUGAGGUGCCCCCUACACUGCAGAAGGCGGUGGUGAAAAUCAUCGACUCCAAAGUGUGCAAUAAAUCAUCAGUGUACAGAGGAGCUGUUUCUCACAAUAUGAUGUGUGCCGGAUUCCUGCAGGGCCAGGUGGACUCAUGUCAGGGUGACUCUGGAGGGCCUCUGGUGUGUGAGGGGGCCCCUGGGAGGUUCUUCCUGGCUGGGGUGGUGAGUUGGGGUGUGGGCUGUGCCAUGAUCAACAGGCCUGGGGUCUAUUCCCGCGUCACCAGGCUCCGCAACUGGAUCCUAAGCUAUGCAGAUCCCAGCUUGGUCCCUGAUUACUUCCAGUAUGUUCCUCCUAUGCCAGUUACUGUGCCUAAUAAUCCGCCAGUACCCAGGACCAUAGCCAUGGAUGUGUUACCUGCACCGACACUACCUGCCUUGAACUGCAGUGGAAACUUUCAGUGUAGCGCCACCUCCUGCAUAGGCAAGGUCAACCCAGAGUGUGAUGGCGUCCCAGACUGCCCCAACCAGGCCGACGAAAGAAACUGUGACUGCGGCGUACGUCCUGCGUUGGGCGCCCAGAGGAUCGUGGGUGGAGUAACAGCUCGAAGGGGGGAGUGGCCUUGGAUUGGCAGUCUGCAGCACCAGAGACUUCACCGUUGUGGUGCCACGCUCAUUCAAUGCAAAUGGUUACUCACAGCGGCACACUGCGUCAAAAAUGACCCAAGCCCCUCUGACUGGGCUGUGAGCCUGGGAUCUGUGCUGCGCUCUGGGUUAGGAGCCCUGGUCAUCCCCAUCCAGAGGAUUGUCAUCCACCCAGCCUUCAAUGGCACCAACAUGGACCAUGACGUGGCUCUGUUAGAGCUGGCAGUCCCAGCCCCCACGUCCUACACCAUCCAGUCUGUCUGUCUCCCCUCAUCGGUGCACCGCUUCCUCAACAAUGCAGAGUGCUUCAUCACAGGCUGGGGAUCCAUGAGGGAAGGAGGUUCGUUGACCAACCUGCUGCAGAAAGCUGCAGUGAGCAUCAUUCAGCAGGCAGACUGCCAGCGGUCGUAUGGAAACGUGCUGACUCCUAACAUGAUGUGUGCUGGUUACAUGGAGGGAGGCAGGGACACCUGUUUGGGAGACUCUGGAGGGCCGCUGACCUGUCGGGAGCCCUCUGGCCAGUGGUUUAUUGCUGGAGUGACCAGUUGGGGACAUGGAUGUGGGCGAAUUGGUUUCCCGGGGGUUUACACUCGUGUAACGUCUGUCAGGCAAUGGAUAUCUACAUACCUCCCUUUCUGAAGAGGCAAAAAAGGAGCUUAAACCGCAAAAAGAUGAUAAACCCAAAUGGAUUUUCCUGAUAAAACUGUACUGUACGAGGACCAAAGUCAUGCUAAAAGCCACAUGUACAUAGUUUCCACAGUAUUGACCUGUGUGACCUACUGGUCAUAGGUGCUGUUUGUAAUACUGUGCAGUCAUCUGGACUGGGACCAUCCUCUUUCAUAAUGUACUGAAGAAAUAAGGAGAAUUCUGAACUGUGGCUUAUGGACAUCCUGCUAGCACAUGCAUGGUUUAAAGUAUUUAUUUCCGUUAUUUAUUUUCCUGACCGGUAAACUUACUGUGCAUGGUGUAUUUUUUUCAUUUUGUGUGGGUUCAGAAUAUAUGUGGUUCAUUUAUGGGUACAUUUCCUUGUCUUUUUUGUAGGGCUGCCUCCUCUUAGUCAAUCAGUCGACUAAUCUGUUGUUUUGGUCUAAGACGACAAAGAUUUCUUAAGUCGAUUAGUCAUUAUUUUAUGUUUUUUUCAUGCUGAAUUACUUAUUUCCAAGGAACUUUUUAGCACAUCUCUGGUAAACACCAGAUUUCAAGUGGUGCUUUUGUGCGAUUCUUGUGUGGAGAGCUGUAAAACACAGAUGUAAGUGAGUGUAAGUCGACUUUCUUUGGUCGAGGACAGCCCUAUUUUGUUCUUUUCUAUUUUUUAGAAAAUAAGACAAAGAUGCAGUGUAAUAAUUGUUACUGAAAGGUGGGUUUUCUGGGAAAAAUAUAGUUCUGUAUGAAAAAGUGGUGCUGGAAUUAGCUUUAGAGGAAUUUUAACUUGAGUUUGAUAAACUCAUGGUGAUAUUUCAUUGAUAUACACUCUUUUUUGAUGAGACACAAGAGAGGACUCUGAUUAACAAGAUUUAUUGAUUUUUCAUAAUGAUCAUUCCAUUUGCUCACAAUCACACUGCAAAUAAUGUUCACAAGCUUUUGUGGCUCUCACUUCCCUACAUAAACUCAGCUGGGUAGGAAAAAAAGGAUUUCCAGACAUCUGACAAGCCGUGUACAUACAGCUGAGAAAGGUUCAGUACCCCCCGUACAGCGAGGCAGACCCUGCUGAAACAAACCCACUACUGUGGAGGGCGGCAGAUAGAGUGACAACUAGAAAACAGGUCAGACAAAACAGUUUUGUUCUCCAGGCGUACUUUGAUAUCGGACUGUUUGGAGGCUUGUGAAUGUCAGGUUCACGGUUGUGAAAACACCAAGUCGGUCCUUAAGUCUUCCUUUUGAUUGUGUAAGUAGGUCUUUUAGAGUAAAAGCUUGUUAAGGAAAGUCAGUGUUGUCCCUUAAGGGCUCCAGUUGUGCGGCUUGUUUUCUAGGCACAAAUAUUUAGUCUCUCUCUGAGCAUCAACACAAUGAAAAGAACAGGUAUAAACACAUACUGUUAGAAUUACUCCAAAAAACAAAAGCUGUAGUGCUGCAGUUGACUGAUGCAAGACUGUCACAUUGCAACAGUACUUUUAUUUUUAAACUGCUUAUCCUAUUCACACAGGGUUGAAACAUUUCCCAGCAUGCACUGCUCAAGAUAUGGGGUACACUUUGGACAGGUUGCCAGUCAGUCACAGGGCUAGCACGCACUUACAGACACAUUCACACUUAUGUUCACUCCAACAGACAAUUUAGAGUUUCCAAUUCUCCUCACUUAUAUGUCUUAACACACACAGGUGUAAAUCACAGCUUUUUAUAAUGCAUGAUUACUUGUUAACCAGAAGAUUAAUUAUUCAUAAUGACA